AUGGCAUGUUUCGACUGCUGUGGAGGCGUGAAUGCUUGUAUGUUAUUCCUCACAGCCUGUGCUAUGAUCGAGUACAUUGCACAGACUGUGAUUCUGGUGCUGGGGCCCAUGUUAACGCUGCAUUUCUAUCCAGAGACAUCAUUCCAUCGUCUUGGAUUCUACACUGCAAUUCUCUCUGGCUCAGGGUUUCUAGGCCACGCACUGAGUUGUGGCUUUUGGAUCAAUUUGGCGAGAUCGCUCAAGAGUAGCAAAGGUGUUAUUCUAUGGGGACUAGCCGUAACAGGAGCGGGAUUCUUUAGUUUGCUGCUGUGCAAGAGUCUAGUGGCCAUGUCGCUUGUUCGAUUUGCAACUGGACUCAGUAGUGGCGUCUUACCUGUGGCUCUGAUUGAGAUUGACAAUAUUUGUGGAAAUCGACAGACAAAAUUGACUUCCAUGGCAAAAUCACUGGGUGUCGGACUUGGUGCGAUAAUUACGUUUGCCUUGGUCACACUUGGCGCGAAACUACCGCGAAGAUCGUCUGAGGACCCGACAGUAGGAGAAUCGUCGUUGUAUUUUUAUCCAUUUUGCUUUGUGUCAAUUCUUGCGUGGAUUGGUGUGAUGGUGAUGCUAGUGGGUCUGCGUCUGCGUAGUCGGACAUCGUAUACUCAGCUUGCAGAUGAGGAAGACGACUUUUUGAAUUUUAUGCCACAGAUUCAGAUUGAUGCACAAUCUUCACCACGCUCAUCAACCGGUAUGAACACCAGUAGCACUAGUAGCAGUGAGAGCGGUAGUCCCAUGACAACUACAGUUGCUCACGUUAAGUCAGCGUUUGAGGAGACUUUUGGACGGACAGCCAUGGGUUUAGGCAUCAAGAAGACCAUGGCCUCACCAGGAAAAUUAGCAAUAAUCAAGAUGCUGGCGACGCCGCAGCCUCAUUUCCGACUAAUCCGUGGUGUUUUGCCUCAUUAUUUCCACGGCUACACAUCGGACGGACACUUGAUCGUGUGGGACUUCGUUGGUAGAGUCAAGAUGGAUAAACUCUUUGCUGCGGGCUUCACAACUUCUGAUUUGCGCGAUCACUAUCGCUUCUUCUUGGCCUUUGCACAGGAGACGUUGCUGCGCACACCAACACAAAAGAUUGUGUAUGUAGUGGAUCUCGAUGGCCUUUCGCUCGGCGAUGCCGACGCACGUGCCGUAGAUGGUGUCUGCGCAGUGGUAAAGACGGUGCAACGUGAACUGCCGGAGCGUCUGCAAGCUUUUGCAGUGCUUAAUUCGCCUGUGUGGUUCUCACAGGUCAUGGCACGAAUUCGCCCGCAUCUUGCAAAGCGCACUGCGGACAAAGUGUCGUUUCUGUCGAAGGAAACAGCCACUUAUGAUCUGAUUGCACUUAUCGGUGUUGAUAGCCUUCCUCAGCGGUACGGCGGACGUAAUGGCGUCGAGAUUGGCAAGAGUGCACAGGAACGCUCUCUGGAUGACUUGCUCAAACGAACAACUGGAUCGUUGGAGCGGACAAUCGAAAUUGUAGGAACUCCGCGAUCACGAAAUUUAAAUUUUGGUCGCUCGCAUUCCGGUAGCACGCGCAUCACCUUGAGCGACGAUAACAGUGACGAAGAAGCAUUCUUUGACUGCUCUGAAUAUGGUUUGCAGGGCAUUGAAGACCUCGAGGACCAGGAGCCAGAGAUUUCUGUGGUUGUGCACUCACAAUCCAAUUGUUCACGCAAGACUGAAACUGUUGCCCGCAGUACUGCUGCAACCUAUGGAAUGAAACAGCCGCGGGAGAAAAAGUCCGUGAAAGCGACUCGACCUUUGCCGAAAUCUGUUGAUACUUCCGUGCCUGAACUCGCAAUCACACGCGAACCGCUAGCUUGUCUUGUACUGCUGGUGUAUUUCUUCUGGUUGCUGGUACAGCUAAGUUUUGACGAGAUGGUUCCGCUGUGGUUUUUCAAGCAGAACCCGAUUACAUUAGGUGGCAGCGUGAGCGCUGAACGACUCGCUUCGCGGUCAACGGUGUCCUCAAUCACGCUUACAGUCUCUGGAACGUUGGCAUCACUGUCUCUGGCUGUGCUCCUGAGCCAGAUAGUUUCGGCCAUGAUGUGUUCUUCUACGCGAAAUGUCAUGACACCGCUUGCUACGCUACGUAUUGGUUUGCUUCUUCAAGCUCCCGUUUUGGGCUGCUUUCCGCUCAUCAAUCUCUUUAAGGUGGAUGAGCUGCCAUUUUCAUGGUUUAUGGUGGUGGGUGUACUUGUGGUGAAGCAACUCGUCGCGGGUGUGGCUUCUCACGGAAUUAUGGCUCUGCUGGACAACUCCCUUGCCGUUGAUCGACGGCUUGCUGUGCAUCGCGCUGCACAACGCAUUCGGUACGUGGCUCACUUCAUCGCAAGCGCUGCGGCUCCAGCACUUUUUGCACUGCUGGGUUACUUUGAGCAGGCAUUUCCUAUCGACCAGAGUCUACUGUACUUCGUGCAAGCUUUGGGGCUUGUAUUCUUGCUGUUGUUUUCGAUUGCGAUUCCCAGUCGAAUGAAUUUUCCUGUGCUCUUUAGCAUGGGCAAGCGGUGA